CACCCUCGAGGCGCGAAGUGAGUCCCCUCCCGCACCGCACGCAGCAGCAGCGCGAGCACGCGGCGAUGAAGAGCGGCGCACAUUACGCGCCUUUAAACUGGCACCUCUUAUUGUCAGGCGGCCUGCCGCUAUGGCGCACCCGCGACCACACUCGCACCCGCGUCGGCACGGCCGUCGAUGCUCCUCACUCUGCAUAUCUGAGCCGUCUUUCUCUCGCUCGCUGCUGCUGCGCGUGCAAUGCCGUGCACGUCGUACAAGCGCUGACACGCCUCGUCUCGCUUGCAGCUGCGACGUGUCUGCGGCAGGUCCUCGCGCGGCGGCGUGUCAAUGUCAUGCCUUCGCACUGCUUUCGUGUGCCGGGCCGCAGAGGAUGGGCAGUCGGGGGUGCGACUGGGUCCGAGCCCACAGUAAGCCGUACCAGCCCACUUCCGCGUUCGCCUAGCGCGCUCGUGAUGGGGCUCGGGCAUCGCAGCCGGGGCACCGCCGUGCCGCCGCCCUCAUCUGUGCGCGGGUGAUGAAUGUGUCCUCGUCGCUCUCCUCAGCUCUCUCGCUUCUCUCUGCGCUACCAUCUGUCGCCGAGCCCUACCAUCUCUCAACAACUCAUGCCAGCCAUGGUUUGCUU